AUGGCCAGUGUGAAACUACACUACUCGGUGGGUGAUGAGAACUCUAUUAACCGUGCGUACACUCCAAUGCAGCGCAAAGGCCACACAUUACAUUACAGUGCAGACACCAACUCGGGAUCUCGACAAGGCUUACAUGAUAACACCUCUAUACACUGUACAGAUGAAGAAACAGAAUGUGUGGGUCUACAUGGGACUCAACGAUGGCGAGAAGAAGCAUCUCCAAGCCCAUUACCAAAUAAAAAUACUGCUGGAAUCCCAACCGAUAAAACAAGAAGUUCAACUCAAAUGGAUAGUUCACCACGUUUGGUCAUGCAUGAGCCACAUGCCUACAAAUCUCCACCUGAUCCAAAUAAUUAUAAUAAGACACAAUUGCCACAGGUUAUAAAGAUUAACACUAUCCACAACCUCAACAACAAGAGUAACGACCAUCUAAACAGCAUCAAUGAUAAUAAUAAUAAUAAUAAUAAUAAUAAGAAGAAGAAGAAGAAGAAGAGGGGAGAGUUGUACACACCUGUAUCUGCAAAUAAUACAUCUGGUAGUGUACGGCGGCCAUUUCCAUCAGGGGCUCUCAUGCCACCAGCACCAUCCCCACACCGCAGUGAGGAGAUGUUUCCUGAACAGAUGCAUUCCCCAGCAUCUCCAUCAUAUUUUGUAAUGGAUCAGACUCAGGAAUUACAACAGGCACGGCAGGAAAAUAAUCUUUUGCGUGAAGAAAUUCAUUCCGUACGGGCCUCACUGAAAGACGCAUUGCAAAUGUUGGAGAUGCGGGAGUUAGAGUGUGUAGAGCUGAAUCAACUUGUAGAUAAAAUGCAAGCUCAAAUAGAUGAGUUACAAGGAGUGGAUAAAAGGAAGUCACCUCUACCAGAGAAACCGCAAACAAAAAUGAAAAAUACACAACCAGUGGCUCCUCUGGCACCUCCACAGAGAGCCAAAUUAGCAAAGAAACCAACAGUUCUUGGAAAGAAAUCUGUCAAUGAACCAGUAAAUCCACCUAAAGGCAGAUAUUCUUUCAUUGUAGGAAAAACCGAUAAUAAUAAUAAUAAUAAUAAUAAUAAUAAUAAUAAUAAUAAUAAAGUAGAGAUUCCUCUUAUAAACCAUACUGCAGCGAAUCCUCCUGUUGUUUCCAAUGCUCCUGAGAGUGGCAAUACCAAUCCACAACAAUUAGAGGAAGAACGACUUAGACUUGCACAGGAACUUGCAAAGGCGAAAGUGGUGAUAGCUGAACAAGAGGCUGUAUUAGAUCGUCUCGGUCUUCAUUUCCCGUAUCCAAGUGCAAUGGUAAGCGCUGCACGUCGUAUUAUUCCAACAUUUGGUCCUCUGCGGGAACGAGAUACUCACAAAAAGGUAAAGAAAAAUGAAGAACACCAGGGGCGCAAGACUGCCCCUAAUCGAUAUGAGUGA